GGUGCGCGUGCGCCGCCCACCGCGGCCAAUAUGAAAGACGUAAUGCAAGCACGGAGCGCUUGCUGAUUUUAUUCUAGUAUAUCUCCUAAGGGUAUAAUUAAAUAAUGCAGGCGGUGAUAUCGGCUCGAGCGGGCCCUUUCUGUACCGAGUGUAUAGCAAUGCGCGGGAGCAUAAGGGGCUCUUUAUAGUCAGUGCGCGCGAGUCGACCGCACGCGCGUCUCCGAAACACGCACUCCCAACCGCGAACAAAAGAGUAUCGACUAAAGUUUUGAAAUGAAUUGGAACCAAGAUCACAAUAUUCCUUGCGACAGGAUCGAUAUCAACGAAGCCGUGGGCAAACUAUUGAUAGACUUUAACUAUGACAACAUAGUGCCGCAGCCUUCUAGGGGUGGUGGGUGUAUACGACGGGCUCAUGUCAAACGCCCCAUGAACGCGUUCAUGGUGUUCGCGCAGGCGAUGCGCAGGCGUCUCUCCGAACAACGUCCGGCGCUGCAUAACGCAGAACUCAGCAAGUCACUGGGAACUAUGUGGAAAGGCCUCACUGAAGAACAGAAGCAGCCCUUCAUCAAAGAGGCGGACAGACUUCGGACUUUGCACAAGCGAGAGUACCCCGACUACAAGUACCAGCCGCGGCGCCGUAAGCCACCGCCGGCGACGAACACAAGGUUGAAACGCGAGCCUUCCCCUGACAGAGACCAGAUAGACUUCUCCGGAAUGCCGGAGUUGUCGCCAGCGCUGUUGCCCGACGGGCCGCCAGAGAGCACGGAACUAGACCAGUACUUAAAGCCAGACUACCACGAACUACAACCGCGGUACACCCACAGCCUGACACACCAUCCGCCGCCGCCCCUGUAUGCCCCAGUCCCGCCACAUCUACACCCUUCUUGCACCGAUUGGCAACACUACACGGGGCAUCCAUAAUGUAAAUUAUAAGUAAUACAUUAUGUAUAAUGUUCAUUGAAACUUAAGAAAGUAACGUACAUAAUUUUUAAUUAAAAAUAGAGAUACAACAUCAAAGUUUCAUAGAUUCGGGUAUUGGUGUCCCAUAGACUCAUUUUAGGUUUUGUUUAAAAAAGCAAAGCUCAUAAUGUUAAGAUUUUAUGUCCUGCCUUAAUCAUAUUUCUUUCUGAUGCGGUAGGUAUAUUUUUUUGUAGCUGUUAAAAAUAGGUCAUAUUGAUAUUUUGUAAAUAGAAUAUCGCCAUACGGCCGCCGGCAAGUCCGCACGUGUCUCUAAUCACAGACAAACGUUUGCAGAGCAAAUAAUAUUAUUAACAAUCAGUUGUACAUUAGAUUUAUCUUUGGAUAAUAUGAGCUCGUCAAGUUAUGUUGUAGACUUGUAGAGGCCUGCUAGCACAAAAUCUAAUUGUAAUCAAAAUCUGAAAGGAAUUGCAAGAAGCUUUAGGCAGUUUGGUAACACAGCCCAACUUUUGAUUCUAUUGUCCUGAAGAGAUGGUAUAUUUAUUAAAAUACCUACUAUAUUCUUAAUGUUAUUUCGUGACUUUAUUAUUAUUAUUACUUCUAAGUCAGUACGUCGGUAGAGUUUGAGUGUGCAUUCUUAUAAAUUUGUGUUUAAUACUAUUCAUCACUUUUUUUUAAUUAUUACGAUAAUAUAAAUUGUCUUACAUCAAUGUAAUGAGAAAUCUCCCUUUUUAUCGCUCGAUAAUCGAACCAAAACCAGUAAGAAUACUGAAUCAAGAUUUUAGUUAAAUAUUCAAGCAAUUUACUGCUAAAAUAAUCUAUAAUAAGAACUGUAAAAGUUAAGAUGAAAAUAUUUCUAGAAUUAACAAGUGACGAAUGCUUUUGGUAGUUUCAUUUUAUUUACAAACAUUUUCGAAAAAAGUGUAAUAUAUCAAUUAUGUGAAAACGUUAACUUUAUUGUUACUACACAGGCGCAGUGACACUAUUCCUAAUAUACUUAUACUUUAAUUUUUCAUACGUGAGUUAUGUAUAGUUACAUUUUUGAUUUUGCAUUGAUUAUAGGUAUCAUACCUAAUUAAUAGAGAAUAUUUCUUUUACCACUUCUUAUGGUCCGUACUCACAUACUACGGUAUCACCGAUAGUUAAUAAAAUUAACUAAAACGUGUACAAACCGCUGCGUUCUACCUUCGAGUUGAGAAUUUUGAUUUUUGCAUUCGACGUUAAUUUUUACUCGCUUUGGAGUAAAACUAUCGAGUUAUACCUUAGCCCCUUUAUUAAUAAACGCAGAAUAAUCUUGGAUUACUUAAUCCAUGUUUUGUCUCUGUUCGUUGAAUGACAAAUGGCAUUUAAGUGACAUGAACAGAAACCGGCGUAACUAGUCUUAAGCUUAUUCCUUGUUUAAUAAAUUUAAGGGGGUAGGUGAGUAUUGAGUACGGACAAUUGCAUCACUCAUAUAUAUGUACAGAUAGCCUGUUUGCAAAUUUGAAGUCUGAUAUUAUAUAAAAUUAUAAUCUGUAGUUUAACUCCUUAAUAAUAAUUAAAUAUAAAAUUCCUCAGGUUCCAAAGUUAGUUAAGAAAUCUUAAAAAUGGAUAGGUUUUUAAAUAAUUAUAGUUACUAAGUGGGGCUUAACUUAGAUCUUAAACAAUUAAACUAUGUUUUUUAAAAUUUCAUUGUGAUUAAUGUUAAUUUAAAAUAAUGUUAUUUGUUAUUAAGUAUUUAAUUCUUUAGAAUUUUAAAGUAGUUUUCCACAUUUCUAUGAUGACAAUGUAAAUAUUUAUAUUAUUAUUAAUAUAAGCUUCUUCAACUCAAAAUGGUUGAUAAAAUGUUUUGUUGACUCAAUUAUUUGCUAUCAUAUAUAAAAUAAAGUUUAUUCAAAAAU